AUGAUUCUCAUUGUGAAUGGAAGCUCUAUUAAGUUACCUAAUGCAGAAAAUGACAGAUAUCAACGUACUGGGAGAGAUGAGCAAGACAUUGUGAAGCUCAUUCAGAGAGAUGGAUAUAUGCUUUAUGAGAAAAUACAGCAUGAUCAGAAAAAGUUGUUACCUAGACGACGUCGUGCUGUAACAGCAUUACCAGAAAGACUAUGGAACAAUGCUACUGUACCCUAUGUAGUUGGACCCAAUAUCACAGCUGUCAUGCUUGCCACCAUUCACCAGGCCAUGGCACAUUGGGAAGAGAACACCUGUAUCAGGUUUGUGAAGAGAACCACACAGAAAGACUACAUUGAGUUUGCUCCCGGAAGCUGUGGCUGUUGUUCAUUUGUUGGUCGUCGUGGUAAUGGUCGCCAGUACGUUACGCUGUCUCCACACUGCACAUAUUACGGUGUAGUUAUUCAUGAGUUAGGUCAUGUGAUUGGGUUCUGGCAUGAACACAGCAGACCAGACCGUGACCAGUAUAUCACUAUUGUCAAGGACAACAUUGAAAUAUCUAAACAGGACAACUUUCAGAAGAAGUCCAUCUUCGAAAUUGACUCACUUGGACAGCCAUAUGAUUACUACUCUAUAAUGCACUACAAGGAGAAAACAUUUAGCAAAAAUGGCAAGGUCACCAUAGAAACUAUUCAGCCAAACAUCCAGAUUGGCCAGAGAGUGGCUCUCAGUCCUGGGGAUAUAAUGCAGGCUUCACUACUGUAUAAUUGCCCAAGGCCCUCCUGUGACAAAGUAUUCAAUACAAGCUAUGGCAAGUUCUCCACACCAAAUUAUCCCAUCAAGUAUUAUAAAAGUCAUCAGUGUACAUGGGUUAUACAUUCAAUACCAGGUCACAUAGUCCACCUUGAGUUCAGUUCUUUCUCCUUGGAGACCUCUAUGAACUGUACAUUUGACUACAUAGAGGUUAGGGAAGGCACUAGUGAGCACGGCGCCCUGAUUGGCAGGCUGUGUGGAGAGGGCAGCACUGGUAUUAUCCACUCAUCUGUUGGUCUGUGGAUCAGGUUCCACAGCGAUGCCACAGUGUCUCUGAAAGGAAUGGAAGCCGAGUUCAGGUUGAUUAAAUCCCUGGAGCAAGCAGACACAGGAAGUGGGGAUGGGUCUGGCGGCCAUUUUGAAGAAUUACAGCGGUCUCUCUAUAUUGCAGACUGUGACCAAGAUCUGACCCAUCACCGUGGCGGCGUGUCAUCUCCGCUGGUUCCCGUGAGGUUCACUGGGGUGGUGCGCUGUGCUUGGAGGAUAGGCGGAGGUGCUAAUGCCACCAGAGUGAAGGUGUCUUUGUUACGUCGCACUCUCAGUAAGACAUCUAGAUGUCUGGGGAACAUAUACGUGCUGACAGAGAACAGUAAACAGAGAACUGGGGAGUUUGACAGGUACAAGAGAGUCCCCUAUAACUGUGCCAACACAUCCAGUUUGGUAUUGAACACAUCUAAAGUGGUCAUCCAUUGGUCAAGUGAUGUCCAUGAUGCUGUCCACAUGGCUUACAUUGUAGAUUACGAUGAGUGCGCCGCGCAGUCUCAUAAGUGUGCUCAUGACUGCAUCAACACCAUGUCAGGGUACCACUGUGCAUGCCACCGUGGUUACAUACUGACCAAUGGUCAAGAAUGCCUGCCUAAGCUGGUACAGUUUAGUGACACAUGUAAUAGCACCCUGACCAGUAUUCGAGGCAGAGUGAGAUCUUCCACGGAACCUUAUGGUACAUGUGACUGGUACAUCAAGCAGAAGGCAAAACAGAGAAUAAUGUUCAGUUUUAGCAAGUUUAACAUCCCAUCAUCUGCCAACUGUAGUAACACAUAUGUUGAGGUCCUGGCUGGAGAAGGAAAGGAUUUGACAUCUAAGGGUCGAUAUUGUGGGAAAGAGCUGCCGUCAGCCAUUACUACGGUGUCAGGGAAAAUGGUGAUACGGCUGCAUAUGACACCACAGAAAGGAGUCAGAAUGCCUUAUUUCUCUGCAAGAUAUAUAGUGUAUAAUAAGCAAGAAAGUUUCUGCUACAAACGCCUAACAGGAAAAGGGUUAAUUACUAGCCCCAACUUUCCCAAAACAUACCCCCAUAACUAUGUCUGCAUCUGGAGAAUUACAGUCAAGUCUAAACACAGAAUAAAACUCAAGUUUGACACUAUGGAUAUAGAAAACACAAAGAACUGUGAAUUUGACUAUGUUGAAAUUCAUGACGGUCGCCACAGGAUAUCUCCAUUGCUAGGAAGGUAUUGUGGGAAAAAGAUUCCGAGGAAAAUCUUGUCAACAGGUAGACACCUGUGGCUGAUGUUUAUAACAGAUGAAAGUGGAGCAGGGAGAGGGUUUCAGCUUCACUACUCACCAGAAGCCAUUAUGCCAAAUGCUACAGGAAAAAUAAACUAAAACAAAGACAUUGCAGUCAACCCCAGACAACAGUGCUUAAUACUAUGUAAUAUUUAUAACAGACAAAAGUGAGUCUGGGAGAGGAUUUCAGAUUUUCCCAUCAAUUGAACCACCAUGUCAAAUACAGGGGAAAUCAUCUU